CAUGCGGUCUCUUGGUUUGGUUAUGUACGUAGUUAUGUUAGUGUAAACAAAGUAUAUGUCUAUGAUAUUUAUACUGUGGCUUGUAGUAAACAGUGGCAGAGGAAAUAAGUUCAGUUGGCAUAUAGACAAGACAAAGUGUGGUAAUAAAAUGCGGGAUUUUGUCCUUCAGAGUCCGGGAGUUGCCUCAGAUCCAAUUUUGCAAUGCCAAUCAGAACCACAGUCACAAGGCAGCAUGCCCCCUCCAUCUUACCACAGUGUCCCAGGCACUGUGGUUGCUCACACCUCUUCAGACCGAGGAGCACCUCCAUCUUAUGAUGAAGCUAUUGAUCCACAUGCACCUCCACCUUCUUAUGAUUCAUUGUUUGGACGAGUUCGUGAGGCACACAAAGCAUCCAAGGGAAUGAUUGACUUUUUAAAAAAUGUUAUCUGUUUGCUUUUGGGAACAAUUGGUUGCAGCAUUGUCCUAGGUGUGACGAUUGUCAUUCCUAUUUGCAUGAUUGCCAUGGGUUCCAUCUACUUAUAUGACUGUCCACAGGGUGAAUACAUUCCAAUAUACCUGCUUAUUGGAGGUAUUUUUGGCAUUUUAAAGCAACUGCUUGAUCUUUCCGCAAAAGUAAGACAACGUGAAGAGGAGCAGGAAGAAGAACGAAUCCGCCAGUCACCCACACAAACGGUCAUAAAUUGUUUUAUGCUUGGGUGGUUUAUUAUAGGUUCAGUUUGGGUGUACAAAGAAUAUGAGCCUAACUAUGACCCAACACGUGGGAAGUAUUGCAACCGAACGCUGUACCUUUUUGCCUUCUGGCUCAUCACAUCAGUGUACGUUGUUCUGGGUGUAAUCACUUUGUGUUUAUGCUGCAUUAGUGCAGCUUCAGUUGCAGUUGAGAGAGAUGUCUAAUUGCCAGCAAUAUGAAGCCUCUCUCUACGAAGAUUUAUAUUGGAUGCUGCUGUCUCAAAGCUGACAGUCUCUUGAAUGAGUGUGAGUGGCAAAACUGUCACAUGCAGAGGACAUGACUGGAACCUGAUUCUUUCAAGCUAAAAAUGACCGUCCCUGGGGUCAGUGAUUAUAAAUAGUGCACACAGGGAAGUAUAAUGGAAGUCUGUACAGCAGCAGAUUAGGAAAUUUCAGUGCCAUAGCUGCUACAGGCUUACUCAAAAUAAAGGAAUAUUUUAGUUUUGCCAGUAUUGUGUCUCUUACCAAGUUGAACCAUGAUGUGGUGCAUGGCCAGUAAAGGUUAAUCAUGACAAUAUUGCUGCUAAGUGUAUGAAAGUUAUAUUUAUAUUACAUAGUCUAGGAGGUUUAUAAGAAACAAAUUUUGGAUGCUGAUAAAUACAAAUAUGGCAACAACAUGAAAUUUAUAGGUAUGUCUUUGGAAAUAGAAACUAGCUUAUAUUAGGUUGGAUUGAUUUGUCUGAAUUUCAUUGUACUAGCUGUUGAUUUUAAUGUCCUGUUUUUGUGGAACAUCAGCAGCUAGAGCUCAUCUCCAAAAGUUUCGAUGUGUUCUUGUAUGUAAUUCAAGUCAAGAUUUUAGUGUAUUGUUUUAUGUCUUUGAUUGUGAAUGAAAUUCAUAGAGUAUGAAAAGUGUGUGUGUUAUUAGUUUGCAAAGGUUUAGUUAUUUAUUAUUUUCAUGUAAAUAAAUUUUCAGAUUUUUUAAAGUUGUUGUAAGACUCAGUAAUACGUUUUGAGUAUUCACUGCAUUCUAGAACAGUUUACAUAGCAUAGCUUCUCAGUUUGGUUACUGACAAUUUCACACUUUUAUACUUAAGAUCGACGUUAGUGUAUAAUUCUUUCCUAAUCUUUGUGAGUGAUGUAGCCAGUUGGCUGGCUGCAAAUAAUGCUCUCUGUGAGUGACCGGUUGUGGUGUGAACUUCUAUUGCAGUUUGUGAGCAAUCAAUUUAAAUUUAUUUGUAGAAUCUGAAGGAACUCCAUGACCUUGCUAGAUACAGGUUUAGCAAUGUAAACAUGCAGAAAUGAAAACAUGUGGCAUGGCAGGUGCUUUUUUUUUAUUGGGGGGGUGUUAUCUAAAGAGGAACUAUUAGCUAGCUAUCCAUGUUUGCAUUUGUACCUUCAUAGUUCAUGCUUCUGAAAUCUUGUCUCUUACUUUUAAGAUAUUACAUAAUGAGGAACUUAAUGAAUUGUAUAUGUUGCAUCUUACAAUUAUUGUUCAGGUAGUAAAAUUACACAGGGUGCAGUGGACUGGAUACAUGCCUUGUGAGAGAGAUAAGAAAUACAUAAAUUCUUAUAACUCUUUUUGCAUAGCGUUCAACUUACAGAGCUGAAAACUCUGUGUGGGGUACAAGUCAAACGAUUAACUAUAUGAUUUGUAUUUUUUGGAUACAUUCUUAUUUUAUAUUUUGAAAUAACAAAUAAAAAUGAUGGAAUAAUUA